AUGGAUAAGCAACAGCGUCCUCCGCUAUCUAAGAAGUCACGCUUAAGUAGAGAAGAAUCGGACAAGGCCAGUAAAGUAGUAUUUGAUGAAAUAUUUGGUUCUGUCUACGAGGAAAAACCAAAGGCAGUUAGCAAGACCGAGCGAAAACUGGUCACUACAGAAAGUCGACUUCGUAAAACAGAGUCAAAAACAGUAGUAAGUCGACUCCCCAAAGAACCGCACGAGAUGGGUAAACCCCUGAAGAAAGACGAGGUCAGAAGAACUAAUGACAAACAUAACGCAUCACAUCAAGAGACAGACAACGAAAGGAGGCGAGCUACCAUGACUGCACAAGCUUCUAAAAAGACUUUAGACCCAUCUCACAAGAGAAUUAGUCUUCCGCUGGUAAAAGAUGAUAAGAGUCUAGUCGAUCAUGACAAAAAAGCUCUACGAAAAGCUGAAGGUGAAAAACUUUCAUAUAAGGUGAGUGAUAGAAAGUAUUACCAAACAAAUGCGCCAAAACGAGAUGAUCUUACCAAGAACAAUCAACCUAUCGAACUAUUACAGAAUUUGUUCAUAACGAAGAAAAAAGAAGUUUCUGAUAACACAUUGAACUCUGGAAAAUCCCUCAAGUCACUUGAAAGCAAGGAUGGCGUGAAGAUUACUUCCGUUAAAGCUCCCAUUUCAAGGGAAGACUUGCCCGUUCGAAAUAAUACAAUCAAAAAAUCGAUCAAACCGGAUGCAACUCGUAUCAAAUCGGAAUCAAGUCAUAUGAAGCCGGUUAAUAAUUCCACCCGUCGACCAGAACAAGGGUAUAAACAGACAAUGCCAACUGCUGUUUCGUGGGACAUAUUCAAUGAAAUAUUCGAUGGAUCGCCCGCUCAAUCUUCUUCUUCAGUAAGAAAAAACUCGAACCCUGCUCAGCUUGUUCGACCAAUUUCUUCUAAUCAGCAAUCAAGAUCGAACAAAUUCCCAGAGAUUUCCCGUGUUCAAACAAAACCGCGGGAAUACCCUAGUGCCGAAAUCAACAAUCAAAGUCGAAUUAAUAGCAAACCGAGGAUAGAGGACAUAGGGCAUCGUAAUGAAGACAGAUAUGGAAGGCAAAUGGCUCAGAAAGUUGCAUCUCGUUCGGUACUUGUCAAUAAUAAAAAAAGAGAUGCAAGAGACAUUUCACCGGAAUCUUCCCGAACGUCAAAACAAGAAGACCCGCGCCCACCAGCUAAAAAGCGCCUUUUCAAUAGUGGUGUCGCUUCGUCUUCACUCGAUGUUCAAAAUAGGAAACGACUUGUAAGAGACUUAUCCCCCGGACCAUCUCGUGUAUCCAAACACCGACAAUCUGCAGGUAGGAACGUCACUCAUAGGGACAUCGAAGCGAUGGAUGAGCGGCAGAUCAGAGCAAAUGUUUCAUCGAUCAUCCAGUCUAUAUUUCCUAGGCGAGAAGUUUCGCAAGCGAUCAGUACUAGACUGGCUAAACAAGAGGAUGAGGAGCAGGAGAGGAUCGACCAACAAAGACGUCUUCUUAAAGCUAAAAGAGCCAAAAAAUUGACACACUAA